GGUCCGGGGCCGACAUGGCGGAACGGCGGGAUACUGAGCCCGGGUUGGCCGGGGGACAGAAGUAUGGAUGGCAAUUUUAAUAAAAGCUUGAGACCUGAGAUCAUAGAAAGCACAAACAGUCAGCAGGCUCCAAGAGUACCAGACGAAUCGCUACUAGAUGAAAACUAUUUUCUGAACUCAGAGGUGCUAACAAAAGUUCCAUUUCCUGAUGCUGAUGAAGAGCAAAAUAACUUGUUGAAGGGAUACAGUUCUUCUGGUCUGUACUCCCAAGGGAGUAUGGAAGAAGGGAGAAUUCCUACUGAACAAAGGGAAAUACAUAUCAGCAACUUGCAGAGACUUACAGAAUUCAUUCCUCAGCUAAAUAAGCAGUCCAUGCUACAGUCCAUUAGAACGGACUUCAAAUUGUCUAGAGAGAGAGAAACAGAGGACACAUACUCAACUAAGGAAACAGGCCGUGAACGGAUAUUCCAGGACACACUUUCCAGAGAGCCAGAGUCCAGAUUGAGAGGAAGUUUUAACACUAAGCAAGGUCAAAUGGAGGAGUCUUCACGAACACAGCUGGCAGCACAAGCCCCAGAUAAUAAUUUUAGGGAAUCUAGUUACAACUAUAGCAGCAAAUCUCCAAUGGGUGAAAAUCAUGGCAAUUCAUAUACAUCAGGGGUAAGGAUAAAGGAGGAACCGAUGGAUGAAGAUUAUGAACGGGCCUUGGCACCUGCUACCACCGAUGUGGAGAAAGUCAAAGAGGAGCCAGAUAACUCUGAGGAAUAUUCCCAGCAACCCAAAGUUUCUGAUGGGGAACUGAAAAUCAGUGCAGUGUUUUCAGUCAGUGGCAGCCCCCUAGCCCCUCAGCUUUCAAGUGGAAUACAGACUCCACUAAGCUCUCCAGGUUUGAAUAAGUCUCUUCCUGCAGUCCCCACAACCUCUGUCAGGGUCUCCUGUUCAGGCUGCAAAAAGGUUCUUCAAAAAGGACAGACAGCAUACCAACGUAAGGGAUCUACACAACUUUUCUGUUCCACUCUCUGCCUUACUGGCUACAAUGUGCCCCCCGCCCGACCACCCAUGCCUGCUACCACCAGGAAGACAUGUUCCAGCUGCUCAAAAGUAAUUGGUAAUCCCAAGGAUGUCAUCACAGCUCAGUUUGAUGAGCCUGGUGGCGGUAAAGACUUUUGCAGCCAAUCCUGCCUCUCUACUUUUGAGAUCAAGAGGAAAGCUUCUGUCACCAUCCAUACCAAUAGCAUUUCAACAAAGUGCAGUGUUUGUCUAAAAAAUGCUGUUAUUCGGCAUGAGGUGAAUUACCAAAAUGUGGUGCACAAACUCUGCAGUGAUGCUUGCUUUUCUAAAUUUCGCUCUGCCAACAACCUUACAAUGAACUGUUGUGAGAACUGUGGAGGAUACUGUUACAGCGGUUCUGGCCAGUGCCAUUUGCUGAACAUUGAUGGUCAGUGCAAGAAAUUCUGCAGUUCAACUUGCGUUACUGCUUUCAAACAGAAAUCUGCAAAAAUCACUCCAUGUGCUCUGUGCAAAACAUUACGCUCCUCAGCAGAAAUGAUUGAGAACACCAACAGUAUGGGUCGCACUGAGCUGUACUGUUCUGUUAACUGUUUGUCUGCCUACAGGGUCCAAAGUGUGACUUCAUCAGGUGUACAGAUUCAGUGUAAUAGCUGCAAAACUAUGGCCAUACCACAGUAUCAUUUGGCAAUGUCUGAUGGGAGCAUUCGAAAUUUUUGCAGUUACAACUGUGUAGUUUCGUUUCAAAAUCUAUUCAGCAAGUCCCCUGGGGUUAAUUCUUCAGUGGUCCCUCUUUCCCAAGGCCAGGUGAUCAUGAAUGCCAAUGCAGCUACAGUGACACAAGCUGGAAGCAGCACACAAUCUGUGGUGUCUGCCACAUCAACCACCUCUACUUCAACAGUUAGCAACAGCAAUUCGGCUGCUACACAACAGCAGAACAAUCUUUCUCGUCUUUCAACGAAGCUGAGGUGUCAGCAUUGCAGUCGGUUGUUUGCCACCAAGCCAGAUCUCUUGGACUAUAAGGGUAAAAUGUAUCAGUUUUGCGGUAAAGCCUGCUGUGAUGAAUACAAAAAAAUUAACAUGAUUACUGCAAUGUGUGAAUACUGCAAAAUAGAGAAGACUAUGAAGGAAUUGGUGCGCUUCUCAGGAGUUGAAAAAGUUUUCUGCAGUGAAGGUUGCAAGCUGCUGUACAAACAUGACCUUUCUAAAAAGUGGGGAAGUUACUGUAAGAUGUGCAGUUACUGCUGCCAAACCUCUCCAAAGUUGGUGCGGAAUCAUUUUGGAGGGAAGUUGGAAGAGUUCUGUGGAGAAGAAUGCAUGUCAAAAUUCACAGUGCUAUUUUAUCAGAUGGGUAAAUGUGAAAGUUGCAAGCGGCAAGGCAAGCUAAAUGAAUCACUAAAAUGGAGAGGGGAAAUGAAACACUUUUGUAACCUAAUGUGUUUAGUGGUGUUCUGCAGUCAGCAGAGCACAGGAGAAGCAUCUCCAGUCAACAAUACAGCAUCCAAUGCCCCUAUGGUUCAACCAGUCCCAGCUUCCCCAGGCUCUACUGGGACUAAGGAUUCCACUCCAGUCAUUGCCAAUGUGGUGUCACUUGCAAGCACCCCUGCUGCGCAGCCUACUGCAAACUCUACCAAUGUCCUACAAGGUGCUGUUCCAACUGUGAGCGCUAAAAUAAUUGGAGAUGCAAGUACCCAAACAGAUGCUCUAAAGCUUCCUCCUUCACAGCCCCCUAGACUCCUCAAGAACAAAGCUCUGCUGUGCAAACCAAUCUCACAGACCAAGGCCACCUCUUGUAAACCUCACACUCAGCACAAGGAGUGUCAAACAGAAGAUGAUGGAAAACCACAGAUUUUGGUGAUUCCUGUACCUGUGCCAGUAUUUGUUCCUGUUCCCAUGCACCUGUACACCCAGUUUGCCCCAGUCCCGCUAAGUUUACCGCUACCUGUUCCAGUCCCAAUGCUGAUCCCCACAACUCUGGACAAUGCUGAUAAAAUUAUAGAUGCAAUUGAAGACCUCAAAGAAAAAGUUCCAUCAGAUCCCUUUGAGGCAGACAUUCUCCAGAUGGCAGAAAUGAUUGCAGAAGAUGAAGAAAAAGAGAAAACAUCACACGGAGUCUCAGAUAAUAAAGUAAGUGCUGUUUUGAAAUUGCUGUGUUUGAUUGCUACAGAUCAGGGCAGUACAUACAGUGGAGACUUGGAAUCUGAAGCAGUUUCUACACCACACAGCUGGGAAGAUGAAUUAAACCACUACACGUUGAGGUCAAAUAACUUGCAGGAAACUGAUGCAGAGCUUCAGCAACUAUCCAGAGUGGGGAUUGAGCAGGACUUGGAGACAGACUUCCCCCAACAGGCAUUUGAUCCACUGAAUAAAGGUUCCACUGCGUUUGGCCGGUCUCGAGGCAGACGAAAACACAGAGAUGGAUUUCCCCAACCCAAAAGACGGGGUCGUAAGAAGUCAGUGGUAGCUGUGGAACCACGAAACCUUAUUCAAGGUUCAUAUCCUGGAUGUUCUGCUUUAGGUUCCACGUUAAAGUAUAUGUAUGGGGUAAAUGCUUGGAGGAAUUGGGUACGGUGGAAAAACUCUCAAGAGGAGCCAGAAGACAUCAAGUUUGGAGGUAAAUUCAAUCAUUAA